GAGGUAUCUCUUCAGGACGUCAGGAAGGAGAUCAGGUUCUGUCAGAAGGUCCAGCUACCCAUCAUAGGAGUGGUGGAGAACAUGAGUGGGUUUGUCUGUCCCAAAUGCAAGAACACGUCUCAGAUCUUCCCUCCCACCACGGGAGGAGCAGAGAGGAUGUGUGAAGAGAUGAACCUUACUCUGCUAGGACGAGUCCCACUGGACCCCAGGAUAGGUAAGAGUUGUGAUGAAGGGAAGUCAUUCCUGACUGAAGUCCCAGACUCCCCUGCUGCUGCUGCUUACCACUCGAUAGUACAGAGUAUCCAGGCCUACUGCUCGUCCCAUGUGACACGGGAGGAGAGUGCUGGCUAGAAGCCAGUCUGGAGGCCGCCAUGUUGCUCUGGAUGCCAGGGACGGAUCACAUGUCGAGGGUCCCUGCUGUCUAAUGAAUGAAUCACAUGCUCUGGUUUAGAAACUGAUUGAGGAUCAGGAC